UACUUAUUAGUUAUUACAUUUUUGGAGCUAGGUUUUUCCUAACGGGAAGUGUAUCGAGAGGAAGGGCGCGCGUGAAAACAUGGAAGAAGGGGAAAUGGUUUGUGAGGCGGCGAGGAAGGGCGACACUGCCAAACUGAGAGCUUUGAUAGACUCCGGAGCAGACGUUUCGUUCUUCGAUGGUGAAGGCCUUAGCCCACUCAUGCACGCGGCCAGGCUCGGCCACGCUGAUGCUGUCAAGAUUCUGCUCGAAGCUGGUGCUCCCUGGAACGCACUCUCUCCUUCCAAUCUCUCUGCCGGCGAUUUCGCCAUGGAUUCCGGCCACCAAGAAGCAUUCGAAGUCCUCCUCAACGCCGGGAUUCAAGCUGAAUUGAUCCUAGGAACAAUCACAAGGAAAGCAAAUAAAAAUGGUGAUUCUGAUGAGGAUUACUUGGGAGAUAGGAUUACUUUUAGUGAGGAUAAACUGAUGGAUUCCAAUAGCAAGGCUAUCAUGAUGGCUUGGGAGAAACCAUUGAUGGAGGCUCAUGCAAAAGCUGUUUGCUCAGGUGGUGGUCACAUAUUGAACAUUGGAUUUGGAAUGGGUCUUGUGGAUACAGCUAUUCAGCAGUAUAAGCCUGCUACACACACCAUCAUUGAGGCUCAUCCUGAAGUUUACAAUCGUAUGCUUCAUACUGGUUGGGGUGAGAAGGACAAUGUGAAGAUAAUAUUUGGUCGGUGGCAAGAUGUUCUUCCACAACUCGAAUCCUACGAUGGUAUUUUUUUUGACACCUAUGGAGAGUACUAUGAAGAUCUUAGAGAGUUUCACCAGCAUCUUCCUACAUUGUUGAAGCCUGGAGGGAUAUAUUCAUUCUUCAAUGGCCUCUGUGGAGGUAAUGCAUUCUUUCAUGUUGUUUAUUGUCAUCUAGUCUCUCUGGAACUUGAGAAUUUGGGCUACUCAACACAGUUAAUUCCCUUGCCUGUUAAGGAUUGUUUGGGAGAAGAAGUUUGGGAGGGUGUCAAACACAAAUAUUGGAAACUAGAUACCUAUUACCUCCCUGUUUGUCAGUCUUUACAGGAUUCUGAAUGAUGUAGAAUUUGCUUUGUUUCUUUAAUUAUCUUUUUGUUUUAAAUCUCCAAAGUGCUCAAAAUAGAAACUGGAAGUCUAUUCUAGUGAUUCUAUAAUCCUCCAUUUUGUAAGCAUAGAUGGUUUGGAAACUAUAACAAAUAAUUCUUAUAAAUUCUCUGGCAUAUUAUUUGCUUUCUGCA